AUGUCGCCCGACGGCCUCGUGCUGCCUCGGGCUCGGAACUACUCGGCGCGCGGCGUCGGCGCCGAGGUUGUCGCGUGGCGCGGCGGCGGCCGCUGGUUCACGCAGCGGGCGAAUGACACCCUGCAGUUUGACCCUUCGACGGGCGGGCAGGGCGGCGAGGGCAUGACGUCCGCGGGGCAGUGGUACGUCGAGAAUGUGCUCGAGGAGGUGGACAGCGCUGAGGAGUUCUUCCACGACCUCGCGGCGGGCAGGCUCUACUACGACUUCAACGCGAGCGCUCCGGGCGCCGCCCCCUCGGAGCCUCAGGUGUGGGAAGCCACCACCACCCGCGCCCUCCUCUCCCACGUCGGAACAAAGGCCCGGCCGGCCGUCGGCCUGACCGGGACCGAGGGCGCAACUGUCGCGCAGUGCCACUUGACCCGCCUCGACGGCAACGGCGUCUUCCUCUCGGGCUACAACCGCAACGCGACCAUCACGGCGAACGAGGCCUCGUGGGUGGGCGCCAGCGCCUUUGCGGCAUGGGGUUGGACCAGCCGGUGCCUCAACGGCAACUGCAGCGUCCGGCUUCCGUACCCGGUGGGGCCCGACGGGCGCGGCGGCGAGCAGCCGCGCCACACGACGAUCUCGCAUAAUCUGGCGGUCACCACGCAGACGACCCUGCGCGGCAACGUCCACUUUAACGGAGAUGUGCAGAGAGUGUGCAACGGCAUCCGCUUCAACGGGCCGCGAGCGGGGAUCAACUUCAACGACGGCUUCGGCGGCGGCGACGUCGUCGAGCGCAACCUGCUCGCAAACACAGUGCGCGAGAGCGGCGACCACGGCCGCGCACACUCGGGCGGGAGCCCCUUCAACUCGUGGGACCGCCUGCCCUACAUCACCACCGUCCGGAGCGGCGUGCCCUCGGAGGCCAUCGACACGGACGACGGCAGCGCCUACUACAAGGUCUACCGCAACUUCUUCCUCUACGCCGCGCACGGCCUGAAGAGCGAUUUCAACGGCCACGACACGCAGGCGUACGAGAAUGUGUAUGCCUACGUGAGUGACUGCUGGGGCCCCGCAGGCAAGAUGUGGCUCAAGACGGGCGCCAACAACACAUUCCGCGACAACGCGUGCAUCGCAAACUCGGACGAGGGCGGCUUCGCCUCGGACUGCGCGGGCGCCACGCCAGUCAACCUGACCAUCACGCGCAACCGCGUCUUCAACCGGCGUGGCACGCUCAAGGUCAAGCUCUGCGACGCCUCCAACACCGUGAAGUCGCUGCCCGAGGACAGCGAGGUCAUCGCGAUGGGCCUGGAGGCCAUCGCAUGA